CUGGCUGCGCGCAGUAUAUGACAGUACGUCAGCAGCGGGAUGGCCGUAGCUGUGGCGGCGGCUGCAGAAGCCCGAGCAGCCGCGGCCGCAGUGGAGGCUAGAGCCCAAGCGGCGUCGGCGGUGGCACCCCGGGGAGUUUAAGAUGGCGGCAGGGGGGGCGGCGGGCCUGCGGGAGGAGCAGCGAUAUGGACUGUCGUGCGGGCGGCUAGGGCAGGACAACAUCACCGUACUGCAUGUGAAGCUCACCGAGACAGCGAUCCGGGCGCUCGAGACUUACCAGAGCCACAAGAAUUUAAUUCCUUUUCGACCUUCGAUUCAGUUCCAAGGGCUUCAAGGGCUUGUCAAAAUUCCCAAAAGUGAUCCCCUCAAUGAAGUACAUAACUUUAACUUCUAUUUGUCAAAUGUGGGCAAAGACAACCCUCAGGGCAGCUUUGACUGCAUCCAGCAAACAUUCUCCAGCUCUGGAGCCUCCCAGCUCAAUUGCCUGGGAUUUAUACAAGAUAAAAUUACAGUGUGUGCAACAAACGACUCAUAUCAGAUGACACGAGAAAGAAUGACCCAGGCAGAGGAGGAAUCCCGCAAUCGAAGCACAAAAGUUAUCAAACCCGGUGGACCAUAUGUAGGGAAAAGAGUGCAAAUUCGGAAAGCACCUCAAGCCAUCUCAGACACAGUGCCGGAGAGGAAAAGGUCAACCCCCAUGAACCCUGCAAAUACAAUUCGAAAGACUCAUGGCGGCAGCAGUGUUUCUCAGCGGCCAUAUAGAGACAGGGUGAUUCACUUACUGGCACUAAAGACCUACAAGAAACCCGAGCUCCUGGCUCGACUACAGAAAGAUGGAGUCAAUCAAAAGGACAAGAACUCCCUGGGAGCAAUUCUGCAACAGGUAGCCAAUCUGAAUCCGAAAGACCUCUCCUACACUUUAAAGGAUUAUGUGUUUAAGGAGCUGCAGCGAGACUGGCCAGGAUACAAUGAAACAGACAGACGGUUAUUGGAGUCAGUGCUCUCUAGAAAACUAAAUCCAUCUCAGAAUUCUGCUGGCCCCAGUCAUUCAGAAUCUCCUGUAUGUUCUAGCAGAGAUGCUGCAUCCUCUCCUCAGAAACGGCCUUUGGAUUCCGAUUUUAUUGAUCCUUUAGUGAAUAAAAAAGCUCGAAUAUCUCACCUGACAAAUAGAGUACAGCCAACAUUAAAUGGUCAUUUGAAUUCCACCAGUGACAAAUCUGCUGCAGGCCUCCUGCCACCCCCUGCAGCUGCUGCCAUCCCCACCCCUCCACCGCUGCCUUCAACUCAUCUGCCUGUCUCAAAUCCUCCUCAGACUGUAAAUUCAAACUCCAAUUCCCCUAGCACUCCAGAAGGCCGGGGGACUCAAGACCUACCUGUUGACAGUUUUAGUCAAAAUGGUAGUAUCUAUGAGGACCAGCAAGACAAAUAUACCUCUAGGACUUCUCUGGAAACCUUACCCCCUGGUUCAGUUCUGCUAAAGUGUCCAAAGCCUAUGGAAGAAAACCAUUCGAUGUCUCACAAAAAGUCCAAAAAGAAGUCUAAGAAACACAAGGAAAAGGACCAAAUAAAAAAGCACGACAUUGAAACUAUUGAGGAAAAGGAGGAAGAUGUUCAAAGAGAAGAAACUGCCAAGCUGAGUAACUCCAGUCCAAAUUCUAAUGAAGGAGUUAGAGCGGGUUGCACUGCCUCCAUGGAGCCUUCUUCAACAAUUGAACUCCCAGAUUAUUUGAUAAAAUAUAUUGCUAUUGUCUCCUAUGAGCAACGCCAGAAUUACAAGGAUGACUUCAAUGCUGAGUACGACGAAUACAGGGCUUUGCAUGCCAGGAUGGAGACGGUAGCUAGAAGAUUUAUCAAACUGGAUGCGCAACGAAAACGCCUUUCUCCAGGCUCAAAAGAGUAUCAGAAUGUUCAUGAAGAAGUCUUACAAGAAUAUCAGAAGAUCAAGCAGUCUAGUCCCAAUUACCAUGAAGAAAAAUACAGAUGCGAGUAUCUUCAUAACAAGCUGGCUCACAUCAAAAGACUAAUAGGUGAAUUUGACCAACAGCAAGCAGAGUCAUGGCACUAGAACUCUGCUUGGACCAGAAGAUGUGAAUAAACUUAAACUUAUUUAUUUAAAAUUCCAAAUGAGUUGCUCUAGAUUCUAAAAAGAUGAAACUUUGCCUGUUGAAAGUUUCAGUAUUAGUAAACUUGAGUUACUUUUUUUUCCCCCAUUUUACUUUGCUUCCCUGCAUUUUGAAGCUGCUUUUUCUGGUCCUUUUUCCCCCGUUUCAAGACUUGUGUUUGUUAAUAGAAAUAAUUUUUUAGAUUUUGGGGAUCCAGUGUCUAUACUUCAAAUCAGUUUUUUUCCUUGAAAACUUGUGUUUGUCAUUAGAAAUGAUUUUUAGUAGAUUUUGGGGCUCCAAUGUCCACACUUAAAAGUUGUGUGUGUGUUUAAAAAACAAAACAACAGUAAUGUGCAAGGUGAAAUGCUUUUGGAUAAACAUAAGCCUAUUUUCUGAUCUUUCUUAAUGCAAACUCUUUGCCUUAAAUGGUAGAAUAUUUAGAAAUUUGCACAAAAUACAAAAAAAAAAUGAAAACAUUGUUUUGGAGGGUUAAAAACAAAGUUGUAUGAAUAUGUUUAUGUGUAUAAUUUUAUACACAGGUCUACAGGCUGACUUGAUCUGAAAUAUUAAAUCCGCCCUGUUAGUUAACCCCCCAUUACAAUGGUUGCCUUAAGGUGUUUGCUAGUUGUGUACCUAGUGUGGUUAAUCAUUAGCUACACUGCUUCCCAGUGAUUAGAGCAAUGGGAAGCACACUGUGGCCUACCAGCGUCUGGAAGCAUGUGCCCAACCUGUAUGUGUGCAGAGGUGAUGUGGAUGUGAGCGUGCAUGAAGGAAAAAAAGCUGCUACUCUCAGUAGGCCAAACGCUCAGGUUAAACAACUGACGAGUGUUACUGUAGGGUUUUUUGUUUGUUUUUGUUUUUUUUCUCCUGUCAAAUUGCUACUUCUAUUGUUGAAGACAAAAGCAUUUCCAUUUCAACAGUUUGUCAGCUUUAUUAAUGUUGGGCAAAAAUUGAUAUGUUAUAAAAAUGAAACAGAUCUAUAGUUUUGGGGCAAAAUGAUAAAAUUAAAUGUGUAGGUAAACUAUUUAUAUACUGCUAUAAAGUAUUUUUUGAAGAGAGAUAUGCAAAGAAGCUAUUACCUACAUGAGAUGUAUAUUUAAAGAUUUUUUCAUCCUGGAUACCAGGAAUAUAAAAAAAGCAGAUAUAUUUAACCAUAACAUACUGUGAUUCAUCAAACAGCACAAACUUUCAUUUCAUGGAGUUUAUCUGUUAACUUUGAUUUAAACUAUCACUUGUUUUAUCAUGUGGGAACAUAAGUUAUGUGGUCAAAAAUAUAAGGAUUUUGAACUAAUGUUGAUUCAGGUUGUGUUGUCUUAUCGUAUUGUCUUUUCAAAGUGCUGCCAGUUGAAAAGGGAAGCAUUAUGUUUACAAAUCUGUUUUGAAAUGUUUGCCAAAAUUUUUGGUAGUAUCUUUAAUAAAGAUGUUUGUCUCCAGCAUCCAAGAAAACAAAUAACUUUGUCGUGUAUCACUGUAAACGAGAACAUGUUGGCAUCUAGGAAACAUGAGAAAAUGUGUAUAUUUUUUCUCUUUGAAGUUCUUUCCUAAACAUUGACUAGAAAGAUUAGAUAAUAUACUUAAGGUAUACAGACUAUACAAAGAAUGAACAAGACUCUCUUGCAACUAUAGAACACUGUGGCAGAAAUUUGAUUUCUGUGUAUCAUGUACUUCCUGGGGAAUUCUGUUCUUUUAGCACUGAGAUCCCUGGUGCUCUUGCUUUUACCUCAGAAUUGGUACAAUCAUUAUUAAAUAUUAUUUCUAACUUUCAGUUGAAAAAAAUGAAGAGAAGUUUUUGUGGGGAUACAUUCAAUCUUUAUAUUUUUAUGGUAGGAUCUCUUGAGAGGUUUGGCUACAGGUUACGACCUUGAUGGUGUUAUUUCUUGGGAAUCUUGACCUUUUAUUAUUCAAGGAUUGUGUGCUGCUAUUUGUUGUGAGUAAAGUUUCUCAAAAGCAAGGUUCUUGGACCACUUGCAUUACCAGCAGUAGAAUCUCUGGAAAGAGCCCAGGUAUCUGCAUUUCACAUGUUUCUUAUCCAUAACUUUUAUAAGCUAACAUAUGACACACCAUUGACUUGGUUGCAGCUUUAAACUUUCAAGCUUCUAGAUCUUGAAAUCUUAAACUAAAGGCCAACUAUUGACUUUUUUUUUUUUUUAAGUCCAUUCCUGUCUGCAGGUACAAAUCACUUUUUCCCUCUGCAUGAUCUGAGGUAGCGCCUCACUUGUUUCACUGCCAACUCUUACUUCAGAACCUGUUUACAAAUAAAAUUUCCAGUUGGUUAAGCAUUACCAGUUGGAGCUCCUCCCCACCUUCAUCAGCACAUCUUCUGGUUCACAAGUUGGGUAACAAUGGAAGCUGGAGUUGCUUUAUGGAAAUCCAGCAUUGCACAUAGACUUAACUAUACACCAAUAAAAGCCUUAAUUCAGAUGUUUCCUGUAUACACUGGACAGAUACUUGCAAAAAGUGUUGCAUAUUUGAGAGCUAUAAAUCUGUGAAUCUAUUACUCCAGAUUGCAUCCCUUUUGAAGAUGGGCAUGAGCCCACUAAAAUAUUUAUAACCACUUUUCAUCCCCUACUGCCAGAUUUUUAGAUUUGUGCAAAUGAGUGGCCACUCAAUAUCACUUAUUCUAGUGGAAGAAUUUUGAGGAACACUUAAAUGUAAAACAGCAUUGUUAAAAUUAGAGAAUUAGCUGGGUGUGGUGCAUGCCUGUAAUCACAGUGCUCAGGAGGCUGAGACAGGAUGAUCAAAAGUUCAAAGCCAGCCUCAGCAAAAGCAAAGCACUAAGCAACUCAGUGAGAACC